GAGAAGGGGACAGCAGCCAGCCAAGUCUGCCUGACAUCUGUCAACCAGGCCCUGGACACUUGGUCCCAGCUCAGUUGGCCCUUGCUUUGCUGUGUGGCGCCCUGCCCAGGCCCACAGCCAUGGCCAUGGCCCAGAAGCUCAGCCACCUCCUGCCCGGUCUGCGGCAGGUCAGCCAGGAGCCUCAGCCAUCUCUGCAGCCAGAGCCCAUCUUCACGGUGGACCGAGCGGAGGUGCCGCCCCUUUUCUGGAAGCCGUACAUCUACGUGGGCUACCGGCCGCUGCAUCAGACCUGGUGCUUCUACUUCCGCACGCUUUUCCAGCAGCACAAUGAGGCGGUGAACGUCUGGACCCACCUGGUGGCGGCUGUGGUGCUGCUGCUGCGGCUGGCCAUGUUUGCAAGGACCGUGGACUUCUGGGGAGACCCGCACGCCUCGCCCCUCUUCAUCAUCGUCCUCACCUCCUUCACCUACCUCUCCUUCAGUGCCUUGGCUCACCUCCUGCAGGCCAAGUCCGAGUUCUGGCAUUACAGCUUCUUCUUCUUGGACUACGUGGGGGUGGCCGUGUACCAGUACGGCAGUGCCCUGGCGCACUUCUACUAUGCCAUCGAGCCCGCCUGGCACGCCCAGGUACAGGCCAUUUUCCUGCCCACGGCCGCCUUUCUCGCCUGGCUCUCCUGCGCUGGCUCCUGCUACAGCAAGUUCAUCCAGAAACCAGGCCUGCUGGGCCGCACUUGCCAGGAGAUGCCCUCGGCGCUGGCCUAUGCGCUGGACAUCAGCCCCGUGGUGCACCGCAUCUUGGUGUCCCCUGGCCCUGCCACGGAUGACCCAGCCCUUCUCUACCACAAGUGCCAGGUGGUCUUCUUUCUGCUGGCUGCUGCUUUCUUCUCUGCCUUCGUGCCUGAGCGCUGGUUCCCUGGCAGCUGCCAUGUCUUUGGGCAGAGCCACCAGGUGUUCCAUGUCUUCUUGGUGCUGUGCACGUUGGCUCAGCUGGAGGCUGUGGCGCUGGACUAUGAGUCCCGGCGGCCCAUCUACGAGCCUCUGCACACCCGCUGGCCCCACAACUUCUCUGGCCUUUUCCUGCUCACUGCGGGCAGCAGUUUCCUCACUGCGUUCCUCCUGAGCCAGCUGGUGCGGCGCAGACUUGAUCGGAAGACCAAGUGAAGGGGGUGGCAGCUGGCAGGGAGGGGGGUAUAGUUGGGGGACAGAGGUCCAGGCUUGGCUUCAGAGGGGAACAAGUCCUGGUAAAGUUGUUUGCGUCUGGCC